CGCGGGGCGGGGCCGGCGGCGCGGCGGGCGGGGCGGCGCUGGAGCCGAGGAGGAAGGAGCGCCGCCAUUUUGGGAGCUUCGAGUCAACAAUAAAGGGCCGAGGGUGCGAGCGGAGCGGCCUCGGCGAUUGAAGUGAGUGAAUUCAGUUAUAUAACCAAACUUCGUUAGAGAACCUUUAAAAAAUAAAAAGUUGAUUCGGUGCAUGAGAGCAAGUUACUGCUGCUUACUGUUCACAGACUUACAGGUGCUUGCCUGCAUUGCAAUAAAGGACUCAAUAUUGAGCAAGACUUAUAUUUAUCUCUUCAUUUUGGAGAGCCUAAUAAACUGUAUUACAGUUUCUCUACUGAUUUUCAAAAGUUUUGAAGUUUGGAAGAGACAUCUGUACAUUUAAUACAGCAUGAGCACGGCCAGAACAGAGAACCCUGUUAUAAUGGGUCUGUCCAGUCAAAAUGGUCAGCUGAGGGGCCCUGUGAAGCCCAGUGGUGGCCCCGGAGGAGGGGGCACACCGACACAGCAACAGAUGAACCAACUGAAAAACACCAACACAAUCAAUAACGGCACUCAGCAGCAGGCACAGAGUAUGACCACCACUAUUAAACCUGGUGAUGACUGGAAAAAGACUUUAAAACUCCCUCCAAAGGAUCUAAGAAUCAAAACUUCGGAUGUAACCUCCACAAAAGGAAAUGAGUUUGAAGAUUACUGUUUAAAGCGGGAGUUACUGAUGGGAAUUUUUGAAAUGGGCUGGGAAAAGCCAUCUCCUAUUCAGGAGGAGAGCAUUCCCAUCGCUUUAUCUGGUAGGGAUAUUUUAGCUAGAGCAAAAAAUGGAACGGGCAAGAGUGGUGCCUACCUCAUUCCCUUACUUGAACGGCUAGACCUGAAGAAGGACAAUAUACAAGCAAUGGUGAUUGUUCCUACAAGAGAACUUGCUCUACAGGUCAGUCAAAUCUGCAUCCAGGUCAGCAAACACAUGGGAGGGGCCAAAGUGAUGGCAACCACAGGAGGAACCAAUUUACGUGAUGACAUAAUGAGGCUCGAUGACACAGUGCACGUGGUAAUCGCUACCCCUGGGAGAAUCCUGGAUCUUAUCAAGAAAGGAGUAGCAAAAGUUGAUCAUGUCCAGAUGAUAGUAUUGGAUGAGGCAGAUAAGUUGCUGUCACAGGAUUUUGUGCAAAUAAUGGAGGAUAUUAUUCUCACGCUACCUAAAAACAGACAGAUUUUAUUAUAUUCCGCUACUUUUCCUCUUAGUGUACAGAAGUUCAUGAAUUCCCAUUUGCAGAAACCCUAUGAGAUUAACCUGAUGGAGGAAUUAACUUUGAAGGGAGUAACCCAGUACUACGCAUAUGUAACUGAGCGCCAAAAAGUACACUGCCUCAACACACUGUUCUCCAGGCUUCAGAUAAAUCAGUCGAUCAUUUUCUGUAACUCCUCUCAGCGAGUUGAAUUGCUAGCCAAGAAGAUUUCUCAACUGGGUUAUUCCUGCUUCUAUAUCCAUGCUAAAAUGAGGCAGGAACAUCGAAAUCGUGUCUUUCAUGAUUUCCGAAAUGGCUUAUGCCGCAAUCUUGUUUGCACUGAUUUGUUUACCCGAGGUAUUGAUAUACAAGCUGUGAAUGUGGUAAUAAACUUUGACUUCCCAAAGCUGGCAGAGACCUAUCUUCAUCGUAUUGGAAGAUCAGGUCGCUUUGGUCAUCUUGGCUUAGCUAUCAACUUGAUCACAUAUGAUGAUCGCUUCAACCUGAAAAGUAUUGAGGAGCAGCUGGGAACAGAAAUUAAACCUAUCCCGAGCAACAUUGACAAGAGCCUGUAUGUGGCGGAAUACCACAGCGAGCCUGUAGAAGAUGACAAACCGUAACAAGCAUGCUUUAACAAACUGAAGAAGGCUUGCUUGGAUCUGUGACACAUCAUUUGGGGGGGAUGCUCUUCUCUUUGUGGGUUUUUCAUCUUUUAUUUUGGAACUAUGAAGACUUAAAAGAACUCAGACAUUUUUUUCUUUUUUAACUGGUGAAGAGAAAAAAGCUGAAAAGAAGGAAUUUGCCUUUUUUGUUCCACUUGUUUGCACUGUGUGCUGACUGAACAUUAGUUGCACUAACUGCUGGAUUUUUAAAAAUGUUUUCUGGGGAAAGGGGGACAAGGAAGGAGGAGAAAGAAGAGAAGGGAGAAACCCUAAAAAGAGAAGAAUCUUGAUGAACACACAAGCUUGUCUAUUAUUUCCGAAUUCUCCAACAGCUGACUCUUGUGCAUUUCAACUUCUCCCUGAUGACUCAUCCGUUUUUUAAGCCUGAAGAGCUUAUUACUUAUUUGUGCGAAGUGCCUUAUGCUAUGAGACCAUUCAGAAUAUCAUCUUCUAGACACAGCCCAAGGAAUCAACAAUAGUAAUUCUUUCCUUUUUUUCUUUUUCUUUUUCUUUUAAAACGUUUUAUUUCAUUUUGGUUUCACUUUGGAGUCUCUUUUCCCUUUCGACCCAGUACUCAAGCCCAGGGCUGAAGGAUGAAGCCUAUUAGUAAUGUUAAGCACCAUUUUUUUUCUUUAAGUGGAGGAGUUGAUAUGCAACUGCAGUUCAUCCGCACUGUAAAUACAUGUAUUUAAGAAACAACCACACAAUCCCAAGCAAAAGUUUCUUCUGGGCUGAGUAGAUGCAACAUCACUGCUCCCAAAGGAAAGAGCGUCUGUCGCCGCAGGAGCCAUACAGCUAGCCUCUGUGCUCUGGAACCCUGAGACUGGUCACGUGCUCUCCAUGCGCAGCUAGGGCACUGAGGCGUAGCCUGUCGGCCUUGACCUCUUUCCUCUGUGGCAGAGCGUGUCCCAUAGAAAACUGGGUGUGUACACUUGUAUAAACUUUGUAAAUACGUUUUUUUCUGCGUUCAUAUAUAUGUGUAUAUAUAUAUAUACAUACAUAUAUAUAUACAUACAUAUAUAUAUAUCUUUUUUUUUUAUGAAGGUUGCUGGGAUUAAGGGGAUUAGAGUGAUUAUGGGAGCAGCUAAGAUGAGAGGGGCUCAGUUUUCCGCAACACUAAAUUCUAGAAAGUACUUUGACCUCUUACUGUAGCGAGCAGACUCCUGUGGGGACCCUGUGCUGAGAAAGGGCCCCGGAGUCUUCACUGCGGCUGCCACACUGUCUCUGGCGUCUUUAGAGGAGGCCUGCCGAGGGAGCAAGGAAACUUCAAACACCCGUCCAGCUUUGAAAGACUCUGAUUGUGCUUUUUUCCCCCUUUUUAAAAGUUUGAGAAACUUUUUAAGCUCUGCAAAAGGGGACAAAGAAUGUGCAUCGCAGUGCAGGAACUCCCUUGAGCGGCAGUGAUUGAGCAAUGGAUGUAUAAAGCGUGGGUUUGCCUUGCACAAUAUUAGCCAUUACCAGCUCCGGGGAGGUUAGCAGUUCUGGGCUCCGUUUCCGUGGGUCACUUCCUGUGCUGUUGCCCUCUGCCCACUUGGACACGUAAACUUGCAGGGAUGGCAACCCUGAGAGCUGCUGCCUGCCCUCCGCUAGCUUUGUGACGAGAACUGUCCUGUUCGCAGUGUAAAUCGCUGGCAGUGCUUUACAGUCAAUAGUGUUGCAUUAAAUUGUGCCCCUCCCAACAUGCUUGAUGUUUGGCCUGAUCUCCAGGCAAAAGGAGUGGGAUGAAUCAAAACCAGUGAACUUUUUUUAAAAAAACAUUUUUAAUUCCCCUUUAACCCAGUGUACUAGGUCAAUCAGGAGGCAUCUAGGGUUAAAAAAAAAAAAAGGCAAAAUAAUUUUUCCCCCCCAUAUUCCAUUGUUUUUCAAAGCCCUAAAAUAGUACAAGUCCUUCCUAUGUUUUCAUGCUUAACUCAUCUGGAUAAAGAAAUCAGUUAUUCAAAGUUGCUUUGUUGACUCUGUGUAGUUCUAAACAAAAAUGAUUUGUGACUCACCCAAAAUUCCUUGAAGAUCAAAAUCCUACAGAUGCCUCCUGAUGAGACAGCCCUAAUCUCUUCACAACUAGCAAGAGCUGCACAGUACAAGCCCCAACAAGCUCGUUCAUUGGGUGUCCACGCCACGGGCUCUUCUGCAGCCAGUGUUGGCAACUAAGUACAAGCCCUGCUUAAGGGAGUAACUUUCCAGGGAGGAGAAAAGGGAGGGAAUUUUAAAAGGCAUCAACUUUUGACCAAAAAAAUAUAUCUUACUGUGUACUGAUGCAGCACUCUCUCCCCCAUCUCUGGCAAGAUAAGAGGGAUCAUUCUAGAAGAAAAGCAAGAAAGCUAAUAAAUGCAGUUUUAUAUCUCGCUAGAGUGCGAGUGAUUAUAAACAGCACAGUCCUCUCUGCCAUCCUCAGACUGUCUGCUUGGUGCCACGUGCCUGUGGGUCCCUCUUAAAGCACAGACUUUAAGUUGAAAGUAUUACUGAGUACAGCCUCGGAUGAGGGGUGGCACUUAACUGUCUGGGACACCAGGACUGGACGCGGUCUUGUACAGGCGCUGUCCAGUUUUGGUGCUUGACUCUUGAAUAGGAAUUGUAAAAUGGAAAGAUGCUCUAAGACAGCGGUCGCCAGCCGGUGGCCCGCGGACCGCUGGUGGUCCGUGAGGUCCGAAAGUUGGCGACCGCUGCUCUAAGGACUAGGUGAAAUCCUAGUCUCUCUUUUUAAAUCCCCUUCACAAUAAGGAGCAUUUGUUACUAUUGGGAAUCGUUUUCGUGUUCUUCCUGUGUAGGGUGUUUAAGUAAUGGUGAUAUUUUUCCAGUGGUUCAUUCACUUGGAUGAAAACUAUUCCCUCUAAAUAUUUACAUAACCUCAGCCCAUUGUCCAGCCUGCGGUUAUGGCUGCCUCUGGGCCGUUUUGUCUCUCCCCAUACAUGGAGAGACUUGCCUUUCCUUUAGGAUCGGACUAAAUUCCAAAAUGAUCUUCCGUGGGAAGAAGUACAGGAGAGAGAAAAACCUAAAUUCGUCUCUAAAUUUUCAAGUUUGCCCUGCACCAUAGUAAGGGUUGGCCCCAAAGGGGGGGGUGGGGGGAGGGUGGUUAUCAAUACUUGUUUUCAGAAUGAGAUGGGAGCAUCUUUCCUUUGCCGUGUGCUUUGUGUUCGAUACCAUCAUGCUUGGGUUAGAACCAGACGACUCAGCACAAAGCCGGGAGUGUCCUUUGUUGGAAUCAAACAUCUCAUUCUGAUCACUUGGCUUAAUUUUUUUUCUUUUUUUUUUAUAGGGGUGGGAGGGAGGUGACUGCCCCAAGGGGAGGGUGUCCGCAAGGAGGAUUUAGAAACACUUUGAAGCUCAUAGCCACAGACAUUGCCUUUAGCCACACUCUGCCCUUCUAGAUGAGUAACACGAAGAUGAAAUAAAUUCUUGGGAAUUAAGCCAUGUUAUUUUAAUUUGCCACUUUGUUCAGCAUUGUAUGUAUCUUAAAAAUUGUUACUGUGGAAUCAUUUUCUGGCAAUUAUCUUUGUCAAACAAUAAUUGGCCUCGUGGGAGUUGACAUUAGUCAACUUGGUGAACUUGAGUGAGCUUGUGGUUCUGUAUAUCCUUAAAGAUAGUUUUUAAAAAUCAAAAAAAAAAAAAAGUCUCCUGAUCUAAAAACUCAUCUCUGGGGUAAAGAGUUAAGGGUUCAAAGGCCGUGACAGCUGAUGAGGUCCGCAGGAGCCAGCCUGCACUGGACUCUGCCCCUCCGCAGCUGACAGGCUCCAACAGGAAAUGUGUUUAAGUUCUCGCAGGCAAUGCUGGGCAGGGGAGGGGAGGGGUGGGAUAUGAGGAUACAAGCUACUGUGUUUAACCAGUGGUUGUGGGGGAGGGGUGCCUGGAGGAAACAAAGUCACUAUUCCCUUUUUGAAACAAAAGUAAAACCUGAAAAUUUUUGUUCAAUGAAAAUGGGGUAUAAUUUCACUGUCCCUAGCCACAAGGGACCAGUUCCACUGAGAAGUGAACAGUGGGGACUCAAAACUUUGCAAACAUUUGGGGGAAGGGACGAUUGGCUUUCUGUUAAUUGGCAAAUGUUCCAGUGGGGCUUCCUUUUUGUUGGGCGUUACAUUGUAGAUGCACAUGUGGACCAGAGUCUCUGUUGAGGUUAUAAAGUUCAGAAAAGAUGGUUGAUAAAAAUCUUUGCUUUUGUUAAUUUAUCUCAAUAAAGCCCACUGGAACUCCA